AUGGCUGCCCUCCUGAAGAAACGAGCGGUUGCAGAAUUUAGUCAAGUUAUUCAGGAGGAGCCCAAACCUGUUAAACGCUUGAAGCUGAUCCAGCGUCCACCUCCUCAAGAAAUCAGUCUAGACUUAGAAGGUGCAACAAGUACAUAUGACACUCUUCAGAGGCUGUUGACAUUUGAGGAAAGCUUUCCAGUGCGCGGUGAGGACGUAACUGGUGUGGUUCGUGAGCUACUAGACCACUAUCCUCGUGAAAAGGAGGCAGUGUUGAGAUGGAAGGUUGCAUCGUUACUAGCUCGUCUUGUACAACUUCCGGGGUACAAUGCCGAGGCACUGACUGAUGACAUCAUCAGACUCCUAAAGACAGAGAAGUCCAACAAGGCCAUUAGUCAGCUCGUGGAAGUUUUGAGAAAGAUUGGAAUGUCUUCUCCCUACAAUACUUCUCUACAUCACCAGCUUAUUAUCACAAGUAAACAGUAUCUCAGAAACACUGGCCACAUAGCUAGGUGUAGUUGCUUGGAUUUGAUUGGAGAUUUGGGAUCACCUGACCAGCUAAUUGAGGACAGCAACCAAUCAGGCAGUAACAAUAUGACAAUACAGAAGUUACUCAUGGGUUUUACACAGGAUCACGAUCCUAGAGUGAGGUCACGAGCGUUCCAAGCGAUGCUCCAGUUUCAUCAGCGAGGUCUGCCCCUGGGGGAAGGGAUCUACCAGCAUGCAUGCUCUGCCCUCACAGAUGAUUACCGGGGAGUCAGGCUUGCUGCCAUCAAACUUGUCUGGGUCCUUAGUCACCUUUACCCAGAAAGCCUUAUUCCCGUCCCUGACUCUGAUGAGAAACUACGAUUAGUGGAUGAUGGCUUCACAAAGAUCUGUAACAUGAUCAACGACAUCUCGAUGAUUGUGAGAGUGGAGGCUGCUACGUUACUGGGAUCUCUACAUCAAGUCAGUCCAAAGUUCCUUGAGCAGACCCUGGACAAGAAGCUGAUGUCUAAUAUGAGAAAGAAGGAGAGUGCCCACGAGAGGGCAAAGGAGCAUUUUUCCUCGGGCCAGUGGGCAACAGGUCAGAAAUGGGCAGACGAUGCUCCGAAGGAGGAGGUGGAUCCUGAUGCUGUCUCACUGAUGAAUAUUGGAGCUUGUGGGGCUUUUGUUCAUGGUCUAGAGGAUGAGUUUCUGGAGGUGAGAAAUGCAUCCUUGGAUUCAUUGUGUGAGCUGGCUGUACAAUCUCCAAGUUUCGCUGCGCUUUCCCAAGACAGUGUCAUUGACAUGUUUAAUGAUGAGAUCAAGAGCGUACGUCUCAAUGCCAUCAACAGUCUCCGCAAACUCAGCCAUCUUCUGACACUUAGAGAGGAUCAGUUGGAAAUCAUACUGGGAGUUCUACAGGAUUUCUCAGGCAGCACACGAGAAGCUCUGCGGAACAUGCUGUGUGAAAUGAGGCUUGCUACAAAAGAGUGUCUGAACACCAGUGUUAUGAGUCUGUUGGAUAACUUAAGGCGCUAUCCCCAGGAUAAACUGUCCGUGUGGCGGUGUAUGCAGCAUCUUGGCAAGCACCACGCCCACCUUAUUCUUCCCCUUGUUCCAGAACUUCUCUGUCUCCAUCCUUACUUUGACACGCCUGAACCAGACAUGGAAGAUCCUGCCUACAUUAGUAUACUAUUACUAGUUUUUAACUCGGCUGUGAAUACGCCCACCAUGAUGCCAAUGUUCCAGGGCCAUGUGUGGCGUCACUAUCACUACCUCAAGGAGAGUGUUCCCGACAUGCUUCCUGUCCUGCAGGUACCUGGUAAAAUUUAUGGUGAAACUGUUCAAACGGAGCGGGUCAAGUCUGACAGUAAUCAGUUUGUUCAACAAUCUCUGCGACAACUGGAAAACAUAGGCACCAUGGAUCUCAAUGCUGCUCAUGGGUUGCUGGAGAUGUUGGUUAGAGACCUACAACACAUCACCAAGCUUGAUGACAAUUCUGCAGCCUCAUCGGAAUGUAUGUCUCUCUUCCUAAAGUGUCAACUCCUUCUCAUCAAGCUGAUGAAGCAGGAACAGACACUGCCUGGCAAUAGUAGUGUGGCUACCGACACAAUCAUGUCUACAACAGACAAGAUCCUAAGUAUGACCCAACGUCUACAACAUGUGUAUCUGGGACUGGGAAGUAUAGAACUUUCACUUGUCAGACAAACUGAGUUAAAGGCCCGUACGCUACAGACGCUGUCACGGCUCGGCGACUACCAGGAACUCACCAUUGUCAGGGACCGAUUUAACCAACAACUCAAAACACUACACAAGUACAUGACCACACACCAGAUCACGCCCGAUUCCUUCAGCACCUAUUUAUUCUCCGUCCUAGACAGUCUCGAUUCCUGUAGUGAUACAGAAUUCCGGAAACACCUCCAGUUCUCGCUGAAGUCCGUGAAAGCUUGUGCCUUUCCUAUGAUCAAUAAGAUCCGUAAAGCCGGUGUUGUGCUCCACGAACCGACAGGAACAUCAGAUAACCCGAUAAAGUUUGCUGCGGGCCUCACAUCAGCUGUAGCUGUCGAUGCCACAUUGGAAAACAUUAAGUCGCCUUGUCACGUCAAAUUACGGGUGAAAUAUGCUGAUCAACAAACACAGCUCAUCACUCUCAGUCCUGACGCGUUCCAGAGACUUGGUCAGCUACGACAUCGUCUUCAGUCCCAGGUGCUACUCUCCCACGCCCCUUGGUCAGAUUCUACCCAUGUUGAGAUCAGCGUUGUACUAGAUACACCAUCAUUCUCCGGUGACCAAGACAGCAAGGAGUCUGUCAUCGAACUCUGUAAACCUGUCAAAGUUUUGGUGUCGCCCAAAUCAUUCAAGAGGUGAAAAUAGAUUAUUGUUUCAAUAUAGAAUACAGAGACUGUGUAUUUGUCAAAUGGUCAAGUGACGUAAACUACAUUUAAAUGAUGUAGGUCAAAUGGUCAUGUAAUGUAGGUCACUCUAAAACUAUGUAGGUCAAACGGUCAAGUGAUGUAGGUCAAACUGUCAUGUGAUGUAGACCAGAUCAUCGAUCUUUGCAAAAUAGUACACAAGUGUUGUUUUGGACGACAAUGUCAAGGCUGCACCUUUGACUACCUACAAUUUUGUGGUGCUCAAUAUGUGUUGUGAACAAGCAGUAAAUAGAUACAGGAUUUUCCAUGUCAUCUUUUCACUUACAAAAACUCUGCUGACAUUUCAGGAAGCUCCAGACCGGACUAUAUAUAUAUACUUGAUGUGUAUAGAAAACUUGAAAAAAUUUCUUUUGCAAAGUUUGUCUGUAAUUACCUAUGAAGUAAAAUCCAGAAUAAUCAUCGGGGGAAAAAAAACGAUCAGCAGUUUAAAGCAAGAAAUUUGAUUUUGCUGUAACUGUUGGGGAAACAAUAAAGAAAAGUAUGAUAAAACCUAUGAAAAGGUCUGUGUUUUGUUUGUUAGAUUAAACAAGAUCAUUUGUUUUUGAAAGAAAGAUAUACUGAUGAAAAUUUCCUUUCUGAUGAUCUGUCUAAACAGAAAUUGUGUGACGACCUGUUUCAGUUUAUGCUAGCUUGUCAUCUAUUAGAGAUAAACAUAAUUAUCCAUAUAAAAAAACAUGAUGAUGAUGUUUGUGGUGAGGAGCUGAAAUCAGGACAUUUGAGUGUGGUCCUGUGUGAUCAACAACAGAAGUGCUGCUGUGAUUGUGUGAACCUAAAUAUAAUUAAAUAACUAUGGUUAAUAAAUACAAUUAAUGUCUAAUUGUUUUAUGUUAUUGUUUUUAUUGGUGUCAGCAGGGAGGUUUGUUUUGUUUCCACAAUUUUACAUAUUCUGUGAGCUACCCACAAACAUUUCUGUGUGAUUCUAAACUUCUAAAAGUAAUUUCAUCUUUAUCAACCAGUGACCUAGUGAAGUGCUUUGUCAUUGGAUCAUAGUGCCCUUUGACCUCAAGGUCAGAUGUCAAAUAAGUGCUAAUUGAUGAUAUGGUUACCAGUCCCUGACAAUGGCCAUCAUCUGUACCAACAAAUUUUCAGUUUGGUAAAUUAUUUAAAAUCACCAUCUGCUUUAUAUAGUUUUAUUUAAGUCUUGAAUUCCUUCCUGUUUCCUUCCCUAUCUGCUUUCUUUCUCUCUUCCUCUCUCUAGCCAUCUGCCUUCUUUCUCUCCUCUAUCUAACCAUUUUCUAUCAUAAUCUGUCUCUUCUCUCCUUUUUUCUUAUAUGUAUGUAUGUAUGUAUGUAUGUAAGGGCGUGUGUGUGAACUUCUUUGUGUACAUACAAUGAAAAAAUGCAAAAAAUAAAAUAAAUAUAAAAAAAGUUGAUUAUUUAUGCUGUACAUUAGAUAUAUGAUGAACACUCACAAUUUGACAAAUCCGUAGAUGAUGAUGAUGAUGAUGAUGAUGAUGAUGAUGAUGAUGAUGAUGAUGAUGAUGAUGCAUGUUAGUGAUGAUGUGUAUGAUGAUGCAUGCUAAUGAUGAUAUAUAUGUGUAUUAGGAUGAUGUGUAUGAUAAUACAUGUAAGUGAUGAUGUGUAUGAUAAUACAUGUUUAAUGAUGAUGUGUAUGAUAAUACAUGUUUAAUGAUGAUGUGUAUGAGGAUGAUGUGUAUAAUAAUACAUACAUGAUAUGUAUGAUGAUACAUGUUAAUGGUGAUGUGUAUGGUGACGAUGUGUAUAAUAAUACAUGCAUGUUUAAUGAUGAUGUGUACGGUGAUGAUGUGUAUAAUAAUACAUGCAUGUUUAAUGAUGAUGUGUAUGAUAAUACAUGUUUAAUGAUGAUGUGUAUGAGGAUGAUGUGUAUGAUGAUACAUGUUAAUGGUGAUGUGUUGUAUGAUGAUGAUAUGUAUGAUGAUACACUUUAAUUGUGAUGUGUAUGGUGAUGAUGUGUAUGAUAAUACAUGUUUAAUGAUGAUGUGUAUGACGAUACAUGUUAAUGAUGAUGUGUAUGAUGAUGAUGUGUAUGAGAAUAUAUGUUUAAUGAUGAUGUGUAUGAUGGUACAUGUUUAAUGAUGAUGUGUAUGAUGAUGAUGUGUAUGAUGAUACAUGUUUAAUGAUGAUGUAUGUGAUGAUAAUGUGUAUGAUGAUACAUGUUGGACAUAUGUAUGUAUGUAAGGGCGUGUG